AUGCUAUUAGCGACCGAAAUGGAUUACUGGAGGAGAUCUGCUGGAAAAUCAAAAAGAGAACAAAUAACCAACAACAGAGAGGAUUUUGUGGACGUCACUUUGGCGUGCGAUGGCUGUUCCUUCACUGCUCACAAGGUGGUGCUGUCGGCGUGCACCUACCUGCACCAGACACUCAAGGCCAACCCUUGCCAGCAUCCCAUCGUUAUCCUUAGGGAUGUUCAAAAGAAAGACAUGGAGAGUUUAUUAAGGUUUAUGUACAAUGGCGAGGUUCACAUUGCCCAAGAACAUUUAACGGAUUUUUUAAAGACUGCGCAAAUGUUGCAAGUGAGGGGAUUGGCCGACGUGUCGGCCGCCGCCACUGGACAAAGACUAACCACAACAACAGCCACACCAUCGGAACAAAAGAUCUCAAAUAAUUCUUCCUCAUUACCGUGGGCUACCGACCGUCCAGAAGCGUUGCGGGAGGGUCGGCUUUCCCCUCCCGCGAAAAGGGCACGUAGUUCGGAAAGGGAUAGUUUUCCCAGCUUUAGGGAACGCAGCCCUUCGUCGAGUAACAACAACGGGGAGAUGCCCGAGUCGUUACUGGGGCAAGCGUUGGAAGGAGGACCUACUAUCUUAACGAAAGAAGCUUACGAACGUUUAAAUCCAGCACACUCCGAAUCGCCCCACCAAACGUGCGAAGAUAGCAAUAGUAGCGACACGGCGCCGAGCGAUCACGGCGACGGCGAACCCGUCACACCAAAGACUGAACCACCCGACUACCCCAACAUGCUGGACGAGCACAAUCCCUUUCACACCAACGGCGGCUUGCUGGACCAGACGAGGUCGCCGUCCUUUCCAGGCGCUCUACUUGGACUACAAGAUCACCCUCUUGCAGGAUUAAGUGGAUUGAUGCCUGGACCUUCUGGAAUGCAUGGGAACGCCAAUGAUUUUGUUUCAAGACGAUCGUUGGAUAUGAUGCGAGUGAGAGCCACAGAUCCGAGACCCUGUCCGAAAUGUGGUAAAAUCUACAGGUCCGCACACACGUUAAGAACACAUUUGGAAGACAAGCACACGAUAUGUCCUGGCUACAGGUGCGUAUUGUGUGGUACAGUGGCCAAGUCCAGGAAUUCCCUCCAUUCGCACAUGUCCAGACAGCAUCGGGGGAUCAGUACGAAGGAUCUUCCUGUGUUGCCGAUGCCAGCGCCAUUCGAUCCGGAACUGGCUAGCAGGUUGCUUGCGAAGGCCGGCGUCAAAAUCAGCCCCGCCGAGCUGCGGGCCCGAGCGUCUCCCACCGGACCUCGGCGAUCCGACGUGAAGCUGGACGCCAAGAGCGCCUACUCGGGGGCGGCCUCGGAGGCGGGCAGCUCCAUCUGCGGCGACAACGACCCGGAGGACUUGACCGUGUCGCAGGCCAGCAGGUACGGGCCCGUCGAUUUCGCACUGUCGCCGCCACUGGGCCACCAGAACAAUUUUAAGCCGCACAGGUAG